CAGACCUCACUGUCUCUCACUCUCACUCUAUUUUGUCACACACAACACAACUACAACAUAAGUUAGGUUAAGUGCAAUUUCGAAGAUUAUAAUCUGUUUUGAAGUGUAACGUCAUUUACAUAUAGGUUUGGGACAAAUAAUUCAAAAUGAGAAUUGAAGCCUGUUAUUUUUGUUCAUCGAGAAUAUUUCCAGGUCAUGGAAUUCAAUUUGUGAGAAAUGAUUGCAAGAUUUUCAAAUUUUGCCGGUCCAAGUGUCAUGCAGCAUUCAAGAAAAAGAAGAACCCAAGGAAAGUUAGAUGGACCAAAGCAUAUCGAAAAAUUGUGGGAAAAGAACUUGCAGUUGAUCCUGCUUUUGAGUUUGAAAAAAGAAGGAAUGUACCUCUAAAGUAUGACAGGGAAAUAUGGCAAAAAACAAUUGAAGCAAUGAAGAAAGUUGAAACAAUUAAGAACAAGCGGCAGGCGGCCUACAUGAUGGAGAGGUUGAGGAAAGGCAAGGAGAUCGAGGACCGUAGAGACAUUCGGGAAGUGCAGCGGGAUCUAUCCCUCAUCCGAGCUCCUCAUGCAGGGAAAGAGAAACAAAAGAUGGAAGAAGCUAUUGUCGAAGAAAUACAUGAAUCAGAUAAUGAAAUGGAUAUUGAAGAAGUAGAUAUCAAAUCUGCAUAAUGUAAUACCAAUGUGUGAUUGUUUUAUAACUGUUGUAGACCUAUGUGAUGUUCAAUAUAUUCUUAAACCUA